AAAGAGCCAUACAUUCCUCUUACUCUACUUUCAGCCUCAGCUUCUUCUUUUUAAAUUCUCUCUCAAUCUUGAUUCUUCACAUUCCCUUUUUUAAUCUUUAAAUAAUAGUAUUUUAAUUCUUUGUUCUUCAUUUUCCCUGUUCUUCACCAACUAAAAUAAUCAAAACCCAUUGUAUCUUUCUCCUUGUUUCACUCUGCAGAUCCUCCCCCAUUCAUUCAAACACCAAAUCAAAAGUUCAUUUUGUUCCUUUUCUCAUUGUCAGUCUCCACAUCAAUACUUCCCCCAAUUUUUUUUUCUAAAAACAAUGUUUCGAACUCAACCGUUGGUUUCGGUUUUGCUUUGUUGCUUCACCUUUUGGUUCCACAUUUCAUUUGGGUACUUGAUAACGUGCUCGGGGAUAGUUCCGACGAGGUACCGGAACGAUAAGGUAUCGAUAACGGAUUUUGGCGGCGUCGGUGAUGGAAAGACACUCAAUACGAAGGCUUUCCGGGAAGCUAUAUACCGGAUUCAACAUCUGAGAAGGAGAGGUGGGACCUUGCUUUAUGUGCCUCCUGGGGUGUACUUAACGGAGAGCUUUAAUCUUACUAGUCAUAUGACUCUUUAUUUGGCUAGAGGCGCCGUCAUCAAAGCCACUCAGGACACAUGGACAUGGCCAUUGGUUGCUCCUUUACCAUCUUAUGGAAGGGGAAGGGAACGCCCUGGAGGAAGAUACAUGAGCUUCAUUCAUGGAGAUGGAUUACGAGAUGUGGUGAUCACCGGUGAGAAUGGCACAAUUGAUGGUCAAGGAGGUAUCUGGUGGAACAUGUGGAGACAGGGAAAUCUCCAGUUUACAAGACCAAAUCUUGUUGAAUUUAUGAAUUCCAGAGGCAUUAUUAUUUCCAAUGUGAUUUUUAAAAAUUCACCUUUUUGGAACAUUCACCCUGUUUAUUGCAGCAAUGUUGUUAUUCGAUAUGUUACCAUCCUGGCUCCGACCGACUCGCCGAACACCGAUGGGAUUGAUCCAGAUUCAAGCUCCAAUGUUUGCAUAGAAGACUCAUUCAUUUCAACCGGAGAUGAUCUUGUUGCUGUAAAAAGUGGAUGGGACGAAUACGGGAUUGCUUACGGACGUCCCAGCUCUCACAUCACCAUCCGACGAGUAACAGGGUCAUCCCCAUUUGCCGGUAUCGCAGUGGGAAGCGAAACCUCCGGCGGAGUGGAGCACGUCUUGGCCGAGAACAUAGUUAUUUACAACUCCGGUAUCGGUGUUAACAUCAAGACCAACAUUGGCAGGGGAGGGUUCAUAAAGAACAUCACAGUAUCUCAAGUGUUCAUGGAGAACGUAAGAACCGGUAUCAAAAUCACAGGCGACACCGGCGAUCACCCCGAUAACCAGUUCAAUCCGAACGCUCUCCCAUAUGUAAAGGGCGUUACGUUGAAGAACAUUUGGGGUGUUAAAGUACAGAAAGCUGGUUCAAUACAAGGCCUGAAAAACGCCCCUUUCACCAACAUCUGUCUUUCGAAGAUUAACCUCCACGGCAUGACCGGACCGAGAUCUCCUCCGUGGAAGUGCUCCGAUGUAAGUGGAGCUGCAAUCGAGGUAAGCCCAUCGCCAUGUGCUCAGCUCAGCAGCCCACAACAGAGUGGUUCUUGCGCCAACCAUUUCUAAGGAGUCAUCCAUAUAUAAAUAUAGUUUCCCACUGCGUUUUCAACCCUUUAAACAACAAUAUUUCUGAAUUUUAAGCCUCUAUUAUUCUUUAAUUUUCAUAUAAAGUAGUUCUUUUCCCAGA